AUGCCGCUUCCCGACACCAUGUUCUGCGCGCAGCAGAUCCACAUUCCCCCGGAGCUCCCGGAUAUCCUGAAGCAGUUCACCAAGGCGGCCAUCCGCACCCAGCCCGCCGACGUGCUGCAGUGGUCCGCGGGGUAUUUUUCAGCUCUGUCCAGAGGAGAUCCACUUCCUGUAAAGGACAGAAUCGAAAUGCCUGUGGCCACCCAGAAAACAGACACAGGCCUGACCCAGGGGCUCUUGAAAGUCCUGCACAAGCAGUGUAGCCACAAGCGAUUCAUGGAUUUGGCAGACCUUGAGCAGAAGUGGAAGAAUUUGUGCCUGCCAGUGGAAAAGUUCCGAGCUAUCCUGCAGCUGGAUCCUUGUGAGGAGAAAAUCGAGUGGAUCAAAUUUUUAGCACUUGGCUGCAGUACCCUGGGUGGGUCACUGAACACUGCCAUGAAGCACCUCUGUGAGAUCCUCACAGCCGACCCUGAGGGGGGCCCUGCUCGGAUUCCCUUCGAGACUUUUUCCUACGUCUACCUGUACUUGACCGGGCUGGACUCAAGCAUUUCUUGCUCAGAUACGGAAUCCUAUCUUGCUUCUUUAAAGGAGAAUGUAGAAUCUAGAAAGAAUGGCAUGAUAGGAGUUUCGGAUUUCUUCACUCCAAAGAGGAAAAUUUAG